GUAGGCGACCGUAAAAGAAGCAUGGCUGCUGUAGGCAGCGGCGAAUAUAAUGCUUUAAGAACAUAUUACAUGUAGUGUUUUCGUUGCAAUAUAAAACGAUUUUACAUCUUGUGUUGUUUGAGCCAAAAAAGCGAUAAUGCCUCGGUAUGCACAGUUGGUGAUGGGUCCUGCCGGAAGUGGAAAGAGUACGUACUGUGCCACCAUGAUAGAACAUUGCCAGGCCAUCAACAGAUCUGUACAGGUGGUGAAUCUGGAUCCAGCUGCAGAGCAUUUUAACUACCCUGUCAUGGCAGAUAUUCGAGAACUGAUUCAGGUAGAUGAUGUUAUGGAGGAUGAUUCCCUGAGAUUCGGCCCUAAUGGAGGACUGGUCUUUUGCAUGGAGUACUUCGCCAAUAACUUUGACUGGCUGGAAGAGAGUCUUGGUCAUGUGGAGGAUGACUACAUACUAUUUGACUGCCCUGGUCAGAUUGAGCUGUAUACUCAUCUGCCUGUUAUGAGACAGCUUGUGGAACAGCUACAGCAAUGGGAAUUUCGUGUGUGUGGUGUCUUCUUGGUUGACUCACAGUUCAUGGUUGAGACAUUCAAGUUUAUUUCUGGAGUUAUGGCUGCCUUGAGUGCUAUGGUGAUGCUAGAAAUACCACAAGUCAACAUAAUGACCAAGAUGGAUCUGCUCAGUCCAAAGGCAAAGAAGGAAAUAGAGAAAUAUCUGGACCCAGAUAUGUACUCCAUGAUGGAGGACAACUCUGUAGGUUUGCGAAGCAAGAAAUUUAGGAAAUUGACUAAGGCCAUAUGUGGUUUGAUUGAUGACUACAGUAUGGUUCGUUUUAUGCCCUUUGAUCGGACUGAUGAGGAAGGAAUCAACAUUGUCCUGCAGCACAUAGACUUCUCUAUACAAUAUGGUGAAGAUCUAGAGUUUAAAGAGCCCAAGGAAUUAAAUGAGGAACCCAGUAACACAAACUUUGAUGAGCUCUUUCAAGACAAAGCAGAUUCUUGAGCAAGUGGACAUUGUAUAUUCUGAAGCCAAACUGAGUUAUCAGGACCUGAUGAUCAUUCAAAGAUUUAUGUAACUCAAAAAUGUUAUGUCCCUUCUGUAAUGUCAUUAUAUGAAGAAUGCAACCCUAACCUGCCCUGUCUGUCAUGUUUUAUAAACUAUUCUUUUUUUAGAAUUGUAUAUUUAUUUUUGCAGUAAAAUAUUAAUA